GAGCUGGAUCUUGUGGAUAAGAGAUGAUUCGUGAGGUGCGGCGUGGAUAGCCAGCCUUCUGACGGGGGACGGAAGGUGAGGCUUCACUGCGCACCACUACUGAUCUGUUUCUGCACGGCUGCAGCUGCUGCAGGCUGGCGCACUCUGGAUCUCCACAUCCGAGCGUACGCUCUUGCCCAAACCUUAGCCGGGUCUCCAAUUCGCCAUGCUGCAUCUCUCUUCUUUUCCUUCAUUCUCUUCUUCUCUUCUUUUCUUCCUGCUCUGUCCUGUUGCCUCCUUGGCUUCCAGCUCUGCUACAUAUCCGCCAUGGCCCGUUUCACACGUACCUCGGCCAUUCUUCUACUGUGCGUUGUCAUCAAUUUUCUCUUUAUAGUCUUGUUUCUCUACCUCGACGCUGUCCCCGGUGUCCCAUACUCGCUUCUGAAAAAAACACUGCAAAACGCAAAGUCCGCAUAUCAAGGCUCCACACUUGACUCCGAUCCCGAUCUCGAAUCCGCGACCGCUAUAGUAAUCCCCGCUGAAUGUGAGGAUCCCUAUCGCAUGCCCGGCUACCUAGUGCUGCCCGAAAACGUCACCGACCCCGCGACCCUGAAGGAGACCGUGUACGUGCCCUUCUAUGACACCUUCACCGACCGUCCACCGGUCGCGAUUGCAACAUACCCGCAGCCUCCACAUCAGAACUUUGACUUUGCUCCGACGAAAACGCCCGAUGCCGAGCUUAUGCGUCAGGCGCCCACCGACUGGAUGGUGCGAAUCCAGAAGCAUGUGUAUAAUCAAAACAAUCCGCUUGUGUACUUUGACGAGAACGACGAAGACGCAAUUGCUGAUGUUGCCGCACGCAACAGGACCGCAAGAGAGCUCGUCUGGCUGCGCAACAAGCGCGUGCUCAUGCUCGCCGACUCCGUCGACCGCUACAUGCUCAUGCAUUUCUGCACGCAGGCCGGCGUGCAAGGUAUCGAGGGUCUCAUUGGCAAGCACACCCUCGCCAUCUGCCACAUUCCCUCUCUCAACUUCACCAUCACGCACUGGCAUAUCCCCGGUAUGCUCUCCGCCACACCCGACUGGUGGUAUAUAUCCGAAAUUUCCCACGUGCCGUUCGAGGCCCGGUUCGAAGACAUGUACAAGCAGUAUCUCAACCUGACCAUCGGUAUGGACGGCAAGGGUCCCGAUCUUAUAAUCUACCAGAGUAUCCUCUGGGAUACCUUCAACUUUGCGCGGGGCCCCGCGGCUCAUGCACUCACGGGCCUGAGCAGCACCAACGAGCCCCCCGACGAGGGACGCCUGCUGUUCUGGUCCGAACUCGAAUUCUACCGCAGCCGCCAGCAAAUCAUGAUCAACUACUUCCGCUCCCUGUUCAGCAACAGCGCACCGUUCCUCUACCGCUCCGCGCUCAACCACCGCUUCGAAGGCCCGAUCGACAUCCCGGUCUACCAGCUCGACCGCGUCGCACGCGCGGUCGCGCACGCAAACUCGAUCGAGGUCCUAGAAUGGGCGCAGUUCGCGCGCGGGUUCUAUGAGAUAUAUAGAGAUGUUAUUCACGUCAAUCUCAGCGCGCAGUCGUGGCUGUACUCAAACAUGAUGCUGUAUUACCUCUUCCGGGCGACUGGCGGCGAAGAGGUGCGGGGAAGAGUCACAAAGUGGCCGUUGACGGAUGUCGAUAAGCAGGUUCGGCAUUGGUCAAAGGGAGAUACGUGGGAAAAGUGUAAUCAGUAUAACAGGGUGUUGUAUCGGUAGAUGUUCUUGUUUUUGUAUGAUUGUUAUCGUUGUAGUUCAGGUUUCUGCUGUUCUUU